GAUGGUUAUAAUCACAACUUACAACGCCAGAAGCAGCCCGCCAGCCGUAAAGGAGGGAAAGCGUAAUGAAGCAGCAUUAGGGCAAAUAAUGGCGGGAGCAGGAGCAGCAUCCUGCAUUUUUUGUGACAUUGCGCGCAAAUCAACAUCCACUACUAUUCUCCACGCCGAUGACAAGGUUGUGGCAUUUCAGGACAUCAAUCCAUCAGCUUUCAGGCAUUACUUAGUUAUUCCUGUGGAGCACAUUCCUACUGUUAAAGAUCUCCAUAGAAAAGUUGAAGAUUAUUCUUUAGUGAGUCAUAUGUCAGACGUGGGGAAAAUGUUAUUGCUUAGAGAUGCACCUCUGGCCAAGCAGCACAGAUUUGGCUUUCACCAGCCUCCACUGAAUUCUGUUAACCACCUCCACCUCCAUUGCUUGGCACUACCCUAUACACCCAGAUGGAAAUGCAUGAAAUACUUGUCUUUGGGAUCACUUGGUUUUCUUGAAGCAGACAAGCUCCUGGAGAAGAUAAAGCCUGUGGCCGCUGUUCCCUGAAAUUUACAACCGUCUUGCAAUUACUGAUUAAAUCCUGGCUUUCCAUAGUUUUAAGAUGCCUGAUACUCUUGAUCCCUUUUAAACGUAACUCUCUUCAAUCAGCUGAUGAAUAAUGUUUGUGGUUGAAGUUACACUGAAAAACCUGUAGAUGAUGGUACAUUGUAAUAUUCAUCCUACAUGCAGAGCAGAAUCAAUUGUAAGAUACUUAUUGUUUAUGUAGCGUACACGGAAUACCCUGGCCUACAGAAACAGAGAAGUUACUGGUGUACUAGAGUAUUCAUUCAGCAUGAAAUUGGAACUCUAAGGAUGCUUUAACGGUGGUAGUUACCUUAUAAGCCAGUCUAUAAUUACCUCUCUCUUGACUCGUCAUUUGUAUAAUUCUAUGCAACAAGGUUGCCUGAAUUAGAGAUAUGUAAUCAUGUCUUGAGUACCAUCACCGUGUUAUGCUGGCGACCUGCCAGUGGUU